UUGCCAAAUAUGGAUAAUAUGACAAAUCCCAAUGAUCAGGAAUGGUCCGACACGAUCGCACUGAUCGCCAAAUCAUCAAUCAUGGUGUUCAUUAUAAUUGCAGCUAUUUUCGGUAAUUUACUGGUGAUUGUUUCGGUGAUGAGACAUCGAAAGUUAAGGAUAAUCACAAAUUAUUUUGUGGUGUCUCUUGCCCUGGCCGAUAUCAUGGUCGCCAUGAUGGCGAUGACCUUCAACUUCAGUGUCCAGUUGACGGGACGAUGGCUAUUCGGUUAUUUUAUGUGUGAUGUUUGGAACUCUUUGGAUGUCUACUUCUCGACUGCUUCAAUUCUGCAUUUGUGCUGUAUAUCUGUGGAUAGAUACUACGCUAUUGUCAAGCCUUUGAAAUAUCCCAUAAGCAUGACCAAAAAAGUUGUGGCGGUAAUGAUUUUGAACACCUGGAUAGCACCAGCUCUCUUGUCCUUUGUGCCAAUUUUUCUAGGAUGGUACACGACCGAGGAGAACCAGAAAUACCGCGCCGAACAUCCAAAUGAAUGCGUAUUUGUAGUUAACAAAUGGUACGCAGUAAUAUCGAGUUCUAUUUCUUUCUGGAUACCUUGCACCAUAAUGGUGUUCACAUAUUUGCAAAUUUUCCGCGAAGCUGAUAAACAAGAAAAAGCGUUGCAUACUAGGCAAGGUAAAGCCAUGUUGAUGCAUCGGCCAAGUAGGGAUUGUGGUCAUAACGGCGAUGUCCUGUCGUCAUCGGGUGGCUCAUCAAAGACUUUGACGUUGCACGAGAUUCCCGAUGAGCCUUUAAAUACGCCAACCAAGGACAAGAACAUAAUCAAGAUGAAACGCGAGCAUAAAGCUGCACGUACCUUAAGCAUAAUCAUGGGUACUUUCGUAUUGUGUUGGCUUCCAUUCUUCUCCUGGUACCUUAGCACGUCCUUGUGUGGAGAACACUGCGAUUGCCCGGAUGUGGUAGUCGCUAUAGUAUUCUGGAUCGGUUACUUCAACUCCACUUUGAAUCCUUUGAUCUACGCUUACUUCAACCGCGAGUUUCGAGAAGCCUUUAGGAACACCUUGCAGUGCGCGUUUUGCAGCUUGUGUAAGAACCAGCCCGUGGACCUGGAUGAUUUGGACACUAGGAGAUCUUCUCUGCGACCAUAUGAGGACAGAAAAAAAAGUGUCUAUUCGGAGACUUAUCUGAAGCACGUCGAUCGCCGGAGGAGUUCGGAGUUCGGUUCGUCGUUAUGAGUGGAACUGGUGUCGCCUUAUCCGGAUAAGGUGACCACCAGCUUUUAGUGUC